CGAGACUGGAUUAGGAUGGGAUUGGGACAGGAUUAGGAUUAAACCCCAUCCCCAGGGAACAGCACCCGGACCCACAUAGGAAUGGCCUUGGCCCGGGAUGGUGAUAUCACAAUCGCCUGUGGCCCCGGCUUGACCCACGUCUGCGAUCGCAAUGUCUACACGAACGGGGUCUGUGUCCUGCUGGACCCCCAGCUGAGAACACGACAGGAGCUGAUGCCUGGAUACCAGGGCUGCCAGCGGGGCCCGGUGGACCUGGUGUUCCUGUUCGAUGACUCCAGCAGCAUGAGCACCUCCCAGUUCAAGGCCAUCCGGGACUUCAUGGUGGACGUGAUGGAGAAGCUGCAGAACACCUCGAUCCAUUUCGGGGCGGUGCAGUUCUCGGACAGGGUCCAGACCGUGUUUACGCUGAAGGAAUUCGCGGCCCGGCCACGGCCCCGGGAGCUGCUGCAGGGGCUGGAACAGCGCGGGGGCCUCACCGACACCUUCGCUGCCAUCGGCUUCGUCGCGAAGGAGCUGUUCUCAGAGGAGGCAGGGGCACGGCCGGGGGCACGGCGAGUCCUGGUGAUGAUCACUGAUGGCGAUGCCACCGACCAUGACCCAAAGGCCCUGGACGCGGCUGAGGAGCGCGGGAUCCACCGCUACGUCAUUGGGGUGGGUGGGCAGGGCUGUGGUCGUGAGGCCAUGAUGGAGCUGGGCAUGGUGGGCAUG